AUGUCUUCAGCAGGAAUGAAAAGCUCGAGAUGGAAAAACUAUCAAAUUUUGCUGACCUAUUACUUUGCCAUUGAGGAGAUCAAUAAGGACUCACAAAUGCUUCCCAAUGUGACCAUGGGUUUCCAUGUCUACAAUGCCUUUAAUUCUAACAAAAGAACCUUGGAGGGCCCUCUGAUGUUGUUGUCUGAAAAGAGUGAUUAUAUCCCUAACUACGGAUGCAAAGUGCAACACAAAACUCUAGGAAUCAUUUCAGGAACCAGGCCAGAAUUUUCUGCUGCUAUUGAAACACUUUUGGAACUCUACAAAGUCCCACAAGUCACAUAUGGACCUUUUGAUACUGAGCUAAAUGACCAAGUUACAUUCCCAUCCCUUUACCAGAUGUCUCUUAAAGACAGAGGUCUAGCCAAUGGAGUGAUCUCUUUAUUGCUAUACUUUGGCUGGAAUUGGGUGGGGCUUUUUGUGCUUGAUGAUCGGAAAGGAAAAGAGUUCCUCUCUCACCUGAAAUGUACACAGCGAUGUGGUCCAGGAUUCUGGAAAGUUCCACAAGAAGGAAGACCCGUCUGCUGUUUUUCUUGUUCAUUUUGUCCAGAGCAGCACAUUUCCAACCAGACAUAAAAUUAUAUAGAAGAAUGCAUCCCUUGCCCAAGUCAAGAGUACCCAAACCCUGAGAGAAACUAUUGCCUACCCAAGACAGUGACUUUCUUGUCCUUUGAAGAUCCUUUGGGCAUGGCUCUGGCCUGCACAGCUCUGUGCUUAUCUGUCAGCACAACUGCAGUUUUGGGGAUCUUUCUUAAACACCGAGAAUCAGCCAUUGUUAAGGCCAAUAACCGGACUCUCAGCUACAUCCUGCUCAUCUCCAUCCUUCUCUGUUUCCUCUGCUCUUUUUUCUUCAUUGGCCGUCCAACCGCAACCUCCUGUAUACUGCAACAAAUAACAUUUGCACUUGUGUUUACCUUUGCUAUUUCCACCAUUUUGGCAAAAACUAUAACUGUAAUUCUGGCCUUUAGAGUCAUGAAACCAGGGAGAACAAUGAGAAGAUUCUUUUUCUCAGGUGUCUAUAAUGCUGUCAUUCCCAUCUGUGUCCUGAUCCAACUUAUUCUCUGUGGAGUCUGGCUGGGAACCUCACCUCCCUAUAUUGACACUGAUGCACACUCUGAAAAUGCUCAAGUCAUCAUUUUAUGCAACAAGGGCUCAGUAACUGUUUUCUACUGUUUGCUUGCCUACUUAGGGUCCCUGGCCCUAGGCAGUUUCACUGUGGCUUUGCUGGUGAGGAACCUGCCUGACACAUUCAAUGAGGCCAAGUUCUUGACAUUCAGCAUGCUGGUGUUCUGCAGUGUCUGGGUCACCUUCAUCCCUGUCUACCAGAGCACCAAGGGCAAAGCCAUGGUGGCUGUGGAAGUCUUCUCCAUUUUGGCCUCCAGUGCAGGACUUCUGGGAUGCAUCUUUUUCCCUAAGUGCUACAUUAUUCUCUUAAGACCUGAUAAGAACUCUUUGAGAUGUAUUAAA